AUGGGCGGGGGCAUGGCGCUGCUGUUCGCCGAAAACGGGAUCCAGGUAUCACUCAAAGACCCGUCCUCGGAAACAAUGGACGAAGUGCUGCGCAAAGCGCGCGAGGAACCGCACAUCGCCGACGGCAUGAUCCGCAAGUUCACGCGCGACGACGAGCUCUGCGCCUCGCUGGGCACGCCCAAAGUCUUCGUCUUCUCGCUGCCGCACGGCACCGUCGGGGACGGGGUGCUCGAGAGCCUGCUCCCCUACCUCGAAAAAGGCGACAUCAUCAUCGACGCCGGCAACGAGCAUUGGGCGAACACGCAGCGCCGCCAGGGCAAGUGCUAUACCCGCGGCGUGCGCUACGUCGGCAUGGGCGUGUCGGGCGGCUACCAGGCUGCGCGCGCCGGGCCCAGCAUGUGUCCGGGUGGCGACGACGAGAGCUUGGACUUGGUGCUGCCGCUGCUGCGCAAGGUCGCGGCCAAGGAUAAGAAUGGCACGCCUUGUGUGGCUAAGGCGGGGACCGGUGGCGCCGGCCAUUACGUCAAGAUGGUGCAUAAUGGCAUUGAGCAUGGCAUGAUGAGCGCGAUUUCCGAGGCGUUUGAUCUCAUGAAGAAGGGGCUGGGGAUGAGCGACGAUGAGAUUGGCGACGUGUUUGAGGCGUGGAACAAGGACGGCGAGCUGAGAGGCACCUUCCUCAUCUGGAUCGGCGCCGACAUCUGCCGCGCAAAAGACUCUUCCCGCAACAACGAGCGCGUGCUCGACACGGUCGAGGACAAAGUCGUGCAAGACAUCACGGGCGAAGAGGGCACGGGCAUCUGGAGCAACGAGCAAGCAAUCACACAUCACAUCCCCGCACCAACCCUCACAUCCGCGCACUACCUACGGCUCGCGUCCGCGGACCGGGCGCAGCGCCUGCGCGCGCAAAAGACCAUGGGCGGCGAUGGCUUCCCUCCGCAAAAACUCGACGUCAGCGCCGGCCAGAAGAAGGAAUUCGUCGAGUUCCUGCACCAGGCCGUCUACGCCGCCUGCCUGGCCGCCUACACGCAGGGCCUGAACCUGAUCGAGCGCGCCAACCGCGCCAACCACUGGAACGUCGACUUCGCCGCCGUGCUGCAGAUCUGGCGCGCGGGCUGCAUCAUCCAGGCCGACUACAUAGCCGAGCUCCUCCAGCCCAUCCUCGCGCAGCACAAGGCCCUCGACUCCAUCAACCUGCUCUUCCAGCCGAGCGUCAUGGCCGAGCUGCGCCCGCGCCACCCCGCCCUGCGUGACGUCGUUGUCAAGGCCGUCGCUGCCGACCAUGUCGUCCCUGCCCUCUCGGCGAGCUUGGAGUACUUGAAGUAUCAGACCGGCGCCGAGCUGCCCACCGCGUUUUACGAGGCUGAGCUCGACUAUUUUGGCGCGCAUAUGUAUGAUCGGAAGGGCGAGGAGGGGACGGGCGCCCCGACCGAGGGCAAGUACCACUUUGAGUGGAAGCCGGCGAGGAGCUCCAAGGCGUGA